AGAUUAAACAUGGCGCUGGUUGCGUACGGUUCCUCUGGUGAAAGUUCGGAUUCGGAAGACGACUCCGGUCCAUCAAUCUCAAUAAAUGGCGGCAAAAAGUCGCCCGGAAAAUCCGCGAGUUUAUCGAAACUGGUUCCCCGGCCUGAUGUGGCGGAGAAUUUUCUGGCUAAACCAGUGGAAGUUCAAGAUUUUAAUAUUAGUGAUGAUGAGGAUGAGGAAGGAAUGCAUUCACACAACACUAACGGUCACUUUAUAGACGACUUCCAAGAACCUGACCUCUUGUCUCUGAUUUCCAAAAAGUUGCCCUACGCUCAAAUUAACACUUCAGCUAGUUUUGUUGACAAAAACGAAGACUCGUCUACAAUUUGUAAAAAAGUUGACUAUGGUACAAAGAUUGAAGAGCCCCCAGCAAAGAAGAAGAAGAGAGAUGGCCCGGUCAAGAUUAGUAUUCCAUCUCUCAAGCAGCUUAAACAACUGGAGGAGGAGGAGGAAGAGCUGCGACCAGUGCCGCGUGUAACCGCAAGUAAGAAAGGUUCCGGACUGUUUGCUCUUCUACCAGAUCCUAAGAAUAAAAUGACAAGGAACAGACCAAUCAAUGUUGCAGUACCUGAAACUGGAGAGGAAGGAAGCUACAAACCCCCAGUAUUGCCUGAAGGAACGAAAAAUAAUCUUAAACCCUCUGGAGUUCGAAGAACAGGACUUGUUCCUCAUAUAGUUGCGAAUCCUGUUCCUAGAGCAUCUACCCCUCCCCCUUCUUCCUCCUCGACCUCCUCCUCAGCUGGUCUUCUCAACACUCGGCCAGAUUCAGAUUCAGACGAAGAAGAUUUCAUGGGAUUAAAUUCUGAGUUGAAGCAUUUUUUCGAAGUGUCUUCUUUUUAA